AUGCGUCUUUCUCUCAACUUGUUGUUCUUGCUUUUUGCCUGCUCUUGCCAAGCAGGGCCACUCGUCGCUCUCGCUGUAGUGGCCACUGAGGCGAUCGCAGGCGCUGCUGCGGCCGCAUCUGUGGCGGGAAGCACUAUUGCGGCAUGCUUUGGUGUUACGGCGAGUGCCAUAUGGUUCGGAGAAUUCGUCGUUGUUAACGGCGUAUUGUUUUAUGGGAGUGCGGUCGCCGCGGGUGGCGCACUCGCUGGCGGUAUUGCUGGCGGAGUGGCUGGAGCAGAAGUCACAGACAAAGAUGUGGAGGCGUCAGUCAUGUCUGAGUAUAGUUCCGCUCUCUCUGCGUCAAUGACGCUGCAGCCCAUGGGGAGAAAGACGCCCCAAUACAACGGUGCCAACGAUCCCUUCACUUUCACCUUUGAGACAGAGACGGACAGAACAGACGUGAGCAAAACGUCCUCUGGUAAAACGUCCUCUGGUAAAACGUCCUCUGGUAAAACGUCCUCUGGUAAAACGUCCUCUGGGACUACAAUCACUACCUCGGCUCCACCCCCCAAUGCUCCUACUGCCAAUGCAACUGUCGAUUAUCAACAUAGGAAUGGGUCGGAGAUCCCAGCUGGUGUUCCCGAGUACAACUUUCGCAUGUGCCAGAACGACAUCAUAGCCAUGGGGCAAAAGAACAUUUCUCUUGUAUUUGACCAACCCCUGAACCAGAGCAUUCUUGUGUCGAACAUACCGUCAACUUGUAUGGUGCUCUCCACGGUAAUUGCUGCUGAUCCGGUUCUGGGGCCUCACCCUGUGCCUAUGGGAGCAAGUAGCCUUCAGUGGAAUAAUGUCGACGUCAAAGCCAUCGACCUUAUACGUCAGGCUUUUGGCCAGCCCCCUAUGUUCCAGAAGGGUAAAUAG